AUCUGAUUUUUCUUCUUUUCUCUCUCUAUCUAUUCUGAUGUGUGCAAAUUUGAUGGGUCAUAAUGUUGUUGUGUAUGUUUCGUUCAUCUCAUGUGUAUGUGCACCGUGAAAAGCGGGGGAAAAUGUAUGUUUCGCGGAAAAUUCUAUGAGACUUUCUCUUUCUUCACCUCUGUGUUUUCUUCUGCUGUGUGUGUGUGUGUGGUACUGGGCAAUGGGAUGUUGAAUUUUCAUCUACAAAUACAACUUUGCUGCUCAAAAGAAGAAUUUUCCCUCUUUUCCCACCUCGUAUUGGGGAUGAGCUCUCUCUCUUGCUCUCGUGAAGUUCUUCUCUUGCAAUUCUCGCAAAACAAAAGUGUGUCAGACAGAAUUUUCCCCUCCUUGAUGAUGGUGACAGCCUGGCAGGCAGUUUAAGUCACAUAGAGUGAGCAUACAUACAUAGAGCAUUACGUACACGGCAUAAAGCAUAGAGUUCUCGCCUAUAGAGCGAGAGGAAGUUACGUUUGAGAGAACAGGAGAUUUGUUCGGGCCAAAAAGGAGAGAAAAUCAGAUUUUCCUCGCUAUGUGCCCGAGACCAGCCAGUUCGAUCGGCGCCUUCAUGAAGGCAUCAUCAUACUCUGAUGUGAAGACAUUUUGCAACUAAAAUAUUAUAUUGUGUUAUAAAUCCAUACAACGGGAAGCUUUUUAUUUCAACCUUUUCACCUGCUGUACAAUCAUGUUCUAAAAAAAAAAGGAAAUUAAGGAAAAUUCAAGAAGAAAAACAAAGCAAAAUUUCAAAAGGGAAAAAAGUAGUGCAUAAGAGAAAAAAUUUAAAAUAUCAUUUUGUGCAAAGGAAAAUCACCCGCGUGUGUGUAUGUGUGUGGAAAGGAUAUCGAAAAGAAAAGAGUGUGUGUGUGCGAGGAAUAAGUAAAAAAAGCGAGUUAUAUUGGAAGUUUUACCUUACACCGUGAAAAGGAGGACACACGCAGAUGUGAGAAAAUCCAUACUUGUGACACCAUACUGUGUUUUCAGGCCCUCUGUGUAGCUAUAUACCAAACAUAUAUUGAAACGUAUAUAUAACAUACAUUUCUAUGUGGAAUAAUACAACAAAAGAAAGUGCUCCCAAAUGAAUUUCACAGCAGGAAAUGACCUAAUCUGCAAAAUUGAAUAUCUAUCCUAGAGACUGUUUUGAGAGGGAGAAAAAAGAGUUCUUGUGGAUGAAAGAACAAGGAAAAUAAUUAAAUUUUGCACAAAUCUCAUGAAUUAUGAGACAAAGAGGAAAAUGUGAGAUGCAGGAUAUGUCUUUUUGGGAAGAAUUUUCACAUUAGAAAGAAAAAAAGGAUUUCUCUUGCACGUCGUAGAAAAAAUCUUCUUCAACAGCAGUGGUGUGAAUGUGUUGCAAAAAAAAAACGAGUAAUUCAAUAAAUUCCAUCAGUGUUUGUUCUUUCUCUCACUGAAUUUUGUGUGUAGAACACUGUGAGAUGGGAAAAUAAAAAAGAAGAAAAAAAUGAAGGAGAUUCUAGAGGAGAAAAACUGAAUAAGAAAAAAAUGAGAAGAACAUCUAUAAGCAAGUUGUUGUGUAAAAAGUGUUGAAUGAAUUUCAUUCUUACUGUUGACGAAAAAAGUGUCUAUUUUUAAAACAAAGAUUUUACUCAACACACCAUGUUGGCAAUUUUGACAAUUGCCCAAUAGUGGAUGAUUUCUAAAUGAAAUAAAAAAAAUAAAAGUUAAAAAAAAAGUGAAUUUUGGGGUGAAUUAUAAAACUUAUAUCUACAUUAUACAAUAUUAUUAACAUUAUAAAAUAAAAAUCUAAUAUACUGAAAUUAUAUAUAUAGAAUUAAUCACAAUAAAAAAAGGUGGAAAAAAAGAAGGAAUAUAUACUUAAAAAUAGCUUUAAAAACUUGUUAUAUUGCGUAAUAUAGAUGAUGAAAAAAGACUAUAUAUUUACAAUAUUAAUAUUUUACCCAAAUUAAGAUCGUAUUGAAUGAUAAUAUUCUUGAAACACAAAGGCUAUUUAAACUCUUAAUUUAUAUAUAUAUAACUAUAUAUUAAACAUAUAAGAAAGAAUAUCAAUAAAAUGAUUACACUAAAAAGUCUAAGAAAAAUAUGUGAUAGAAGUAUGUGAUUAGUGCUUACUAAAAAAAAAAAUAUUAAGCUAAUAUAUGAGUUGUGAACGGAAAGAAAGAAAAGCGUGAAAGUGAGGAAAAAUAAAUUUAAAAAAAAUUUUGAGGAAAAUAUUAUACAAUUAAGAUGAUGUGAUUAUCCUGCUCUAUCCAUUUAAAUCAAUACGGAAGAAGCUAUAACCUGAAGAGAUCAUUUCAAUUAAAUUAAAAUCCAUUGAAAAGGAAGUGAACCCAAGUGAACGGAAAUGAAUUUAAAUUCUCCUAUCUGGUUAAAUAAAAAUGUGUAAUAAAGGAAUGUAAAAAAUUCGUGUAAAUUAUAUGCAAAAAUUGCUCCACUGCCAAUUUUGUAUUAACUUUAUUUUUAAUACUAUAAAUUAACAAUAAAUAAAUAAAAUAUAAAUUCUAAGACAUAAGUGCGUAGGUAUGAAGUGAAAUAUCGAUUAAAUACAUUUUCUUUAUCCCUUUUCUAGUGCAGAGAAAAUGUGAAGAGAAUUUUCCAAUAUUUUUUUCAUUCAUAUUCCAAAUGUACUUUUUGGGUGAAGAAAAAUCAGUGUAUGUGCGCGUGAAUGGUUGAGUUAAAGAGAUCCAAAAGACGAUUAAGGAGAAUAUAGAAUUUACUGAUCUACUCGUACGAUUAAAAAGUAAAAUAUAUACCUAUCUUCUAAAAAGGAAACUAAGGGAAUAUUCAGUGUUAAUAACAAUCUACGAUUCUUCCGCUUUGUAUACAAGAAAUCGCCUAAAAAUAUUUCAUAUAUACUACAUACAUACAGUUAUUAUUGUAUAUAUAUAAAAAAACACACACAACAGUGAAAAAAAUAUUGUAAAAGCAGCGUGUGAGCAAGGGACGAAGAAGAAAAAAAAUAGUUAGGGGGCGUAAGAGGCGAAAUAAAAUGAAUUCUGCUUCAACGCAAAUUGCCGUAGCACCAACGACACAAACUACGUCCCCAGCAUUACCAUCACCAUCACCUGGACCCAUAUCGCACAAAGAUUUCCACGAGGAGCCAUUGCCGAGACAAAAUAGUUUGGGUGCAAGUGGCAAUAGACACAGAGGCGGCGGUGCCAAGGGUAAACAUUUAACACGGAGCCAUGCAAUGCGUGAAUCAACGUCACCACCACGUACGCCAACGCCACGAUCUGAUUUGCUGACAAGCACCGCGUCCUCGCCAAUGACUUCAUGUGGUGUACCAGUGAAUACGGUGAGUGUGUCGCAAGCGUAUGCGGACACAACUCCUGCCACAUCGAGUGAUAGUCGCCUUCAAGUACAAUCAUCGGCAACAUCGACAUCACCCACAUCGGGGAGUCCGUCCUCCCCCAAUGUUCUCGAUACGCCAUCCGUUAUUGUAACGCAGCAAUCGCAGCAGCAGCAGCAGCAGCAAUCGCAAACAUCACCGCCGAUCAUCUUUUCCACGGAUGACGGUGGUAGGAGCCAAUUGGAUGUGGAUUUCCCCAAAUUGACACCACCAAAGUCCAAAUCACCACGCAAUACGGGUGGUGGUGGUGAUAAGUCCAAUGUGGGGCAACAGACAAGCCCCAAAGUGCCCCAGAGUAAUCAUGCGACGAGCAAUAGUGGGACGAAUACGGAGACAAUUGCAAUUCCCAAUCAUCACCAUCACCAUCACCGGCAUCAGCAUCAGAACACAUCACCGGGGAAUGUGUCACCGUGCUCACAGCAUUCCUCCAAUGGGGGUACAGUGAUCAAUGUGGUGGACACGAGUCCAAUACCAUCGCCACAGGGUGGGCAGCAUGGGUAUGAGAAGGAGGGCAGAAUGCGCGAGGGGCAUUGCAAUUAUGACGGGGAAAGCGGUGAGAGUCCAUCGGAUGGGCCGACGAGUGGACGUGGGAUGAACGAUCGUGGUGGGAAGAAGCAUAGAAAUGGCCCAGGUGCCAAAGGUACGAAGCCACGACUCAAGGCAAUGGGCUCAUCGUCCAGUGCAGAAGGCAGUGGUGCAAGUGGAAAUGGAGGCUGUGCUGGUGGUGACAAUUUGGCCGAACAAUAUACGGACCAAAGUGGAGUGGAUCUGAUUCAAUUCUUCAAGGAAACCCUCAAUAAGAAUAUAAAAGACAGAACAAUGUUGCUUCGGAUUGAAAAGGAAUUACUUGCCUUAGUGUAUGACAGAACUCGCAGUCAGACAAAAUUCCCUCCAACAUCGUCGUACAAUAGGAUGCUAAUUCACCGAACAGCCGCCUAUUUUGGCAUGGACCACAAUGUUGAUGCAACACAAACGUGUGUUAUAGCAGAAGUUUCAAAGAAUACAAGAGUUCCAGAAAUUCGCUUUGAGACAUUGAUACGUGAAAUGGAUGAACCGCGAAAGUCAAUACUAAAGCGUGAUUCACAUAGUUUCGAUGAGUACCGUCAGGGGCUUUUGCCGUGCCCGGAUCGUGGGAUGUUGGAUAGGAAAUCAAAGAGUUUCGAGGAGCGCGAGGAAGAGUACGAAAGGGCACGGAGGAGAAUCUUCAAGGAUAGAGAUUGCGGUGGGGCUGAUUGUUCGGUGGAGGAACAACAUUGGCCAUGGUCGAGUUCGGAGAGUUCCGAAAAUUCCGGGAGGCACAAAAUGGCUCAAAAUAAUCGUCUCCUUAAAGUUCAAUCUCUCUCUGUGGAUACACGAGGCGAUGGACGUCCGUGUGUGUCGAAAUCUCACAGUUUUGGUGGCUAUGGGGGCCCAAUGCAGUCCUCCGGGCCACCAGGGCAUCAACUAUCGCGUGGUGAUUCAGUGACAUCCACAAAGAGUGCAGGACCACGACUCUUCCCCAAACAGGAUUCAGUUGGCAGCACAAAUACCCCAUGGAGAUGUUCUCCAUCCAGCAGUGGAUAUAAAACACAAACACAAUCUCUUCGCUCUGAUUCCAUUACACCGUCUCCAACUGGUUACGGUAGCGGCGAUCACACGCCGGAGCCCCAAUCAGUGCUCCCCUCACCAGCUGCCCGUGGUGUUGUGUGGGCCGUGACUGAUAUGGCCAGUGUGCCGCGCGGUAGUGUACUCAUUGAUCCGCAAACACUGCAGCCCAUUGUCAAUCAGGACGGUUCGCUGUACUUAUUUGACCCGUCAAAUUUGCCACCAGGAAAUCUUCACAAUAACAAUAACAAUAAUAUAAUGAUAAAACCCCCAACACAUGUGCCACGGAAUAAGAAAUAUGACAAGACAAAGUCAUCAAUGAGGAAUAAUGACAUUUGCGAUGGGAAUGAAAAUAAUAAUAGCUUAACGCACAGCGUUAUAAUGGAAAAUCAAACAGCCAGUUCAUCCACAGAAGAUUUAACUAGUCCCCAAAUUGAUGAGGAGGAAGCUCAUGGGAGGCAGUCGGAAUCUCCAAUGCAACUCCACCAUCAGGCAGCUGAAAAUACAAAGAUUUCCCCGCAGAAGAUGCAAAAGAGUCAGGCAACUAGUCCAAAUAUUCCCACGCAAGAGAUUAUUCUACAAUCUGGUGGAUUAAAUGAAAUUCCAUCAAUUGCAACUAAUCAAAGCACAAGUGCAACACCGGCAAGCACAGCAGUUGCAGUUAAUUGCGAAGGUGCUUAUCUAACAACAAAUGCUUCCUCCACCACAACAAAUGCCGUGACAACAUCCCCCGCCGCGGAAUCCGCCGUGAUUCCCAGCACAACAGUCACGAAUGCAAUCAUAACCACCACAUUCACAACCACAUCCGGCACCCAAAGCGCCACUAAUCAUCCACAUCAACCAUCGUCGACGUCACAAACUAAUGCCACUCACAGCAGCAAUAAUGUACAGGAUACGACGGCUAAGGUGCACCAUCAGCAUCCACGGCAGGAGGACGGUGCACAGCUGGCCAAGUCGUCUGUGAUGCCGUCUGUGAUACCCGUUAUGGGCUAUACCACCACAACGGGGUAUCCAGCCAUGGAGAAUGGUGCCAUAUUUCCAGCCCCAAAUGCCCCAUAUCCAACAUAUCAACAAGGGCCGGAUGGAAGUGUGUACGCUGUCCCCCCAAUGGUUUAUGCUUAUCCGCCUCCCAUGGAGUCCGAGAUGUCGGGAUAUUUCCUCCCGAUGUACGAUCAGGCAGGUACACCGCGCGAUAGUGGCCUAAUGCCGGCACCAACCCCCACGGCAGCUCUCUACCAACCCGCUGCAGCUGCAGCUGCUGCAACGGUGGUCCCCAUGACACCGUACGCCCCGACGGCGUACUCAAGUGGGCCCCUCUACACGCAGGGUCAGGUGGUCUAUACGGCGGCCACGGAUCAAUUUGGGAGUCCCGCAGCGGCCGCCGCGGCGACACCGCAGUACCCAAUCCCGGCGUAUCCAACCAUGACGUAUCCGUAUCCAACGUACAACGGCACCACGACAUAUCAGGGGUACUGGGGUCAACCGAUGGCCACCACAUACUACGUGCCACAGCCGCAAUUGCUGCCGCAUCCCGCAUCAACGGCCAAUGGGACAGCUGGUGGGGGUAGCAAGAGGGGGAGUCCGCCGCAGAAUGUGCAGCAGCAGCAGACGCACGGAUCGAAUCCAUCUACGCCGCAGACGACGACAUUCAAUAACCCCUUCGGGUCGACGGGGGUACCAAUUGCCGCUGCGGCUGGUGAUCCGGGAACUAUGUACGCUUUACCUCAACCUGUCUACCCAAAUAUGCUUCCAUACGCCUCCCCGGCAACUGUACCCGUUUCCGCAACUGCAGCCGUUUCGCAUCUCCCGCAUCAUCCGCAUUCACAUCAUGCUGCUACGGAUGGUGUUAAAAUAAGAUAUGGCGUAAUGUCCACGACGCAGCAGCAACAACCAACGCAACAGACUCAUUCAAAUCAAAUGCACAACAACACAACGGAUCCCGCGCAAAGCUCCUACAAUGCUCAGACAUCGGGGACGCCACAGUCAACCCCGAGUACGCCCCUUUCACUCCCACUACCCCUCCCGACGGGGCAUAUGGCGGCAAAGGGGGGACCACCAAUCUUCCCCACACCGCCCAUCAUGACAAAUGGUUUUGGGCCCCAAUUCCCGGGGGGAGGAGGAGCUCCCACCACGGCCGGGGAGAAUGGCUACGGCGGUGCUGGGGGUCAGUAUGAGCGGAAGAAUCAUACAAAUGGCAGCGGUGGGCCGCAGCAGCAGCAGCAGCAGCAUUCAUCGCAGCCAAAUCGUAAUCGCAAUGGUGCUCUUGGUCCGAGGCAGCAGCAGACAAGCUACAGUGGUGGUGUCGUUGGGAUGACGCAAUCCGCCGGCGGGGCGUCUGGUCAUCCCGUGAAGAAGAAUCUCUCGCAUGACAAUACACCAAAUGUGGGACGUCCCACAAAUCCCGGUGGGGCCUUCCAGAAGGGACGUUCCGAUGGUGGUGGGGCGUCGGUGGGAGGGAAGCCAAUGGGUGGCGGUGGUGGGCAUAUGGGGCCACCGGGGGGGAAUGUUGUAGCACAGCCCGGUGAUAAGGGCCCAGCGGCACGUGGACCGCGCCCAAAGCCGGCAAAUCUCGAUCUCCGUCGUAGCAAUAGUCAGCGCAAUACGCCGAGCACAAAUUCAACGGAGAGCAACAAUUCACCAAAUAGUAUUGCAUCGAGUGAGCAACAGCCCGUCUAUAUGGCGCGCGGGACGCACAAUCCACCGCUGGCGCAUCAUCAUCCAGCCACGGCCAUGGGGAUCGAUCCAGCGGCAUGCCAUCAGCCCCUAAUUGGGGCCGCCUACAAUCCAGCUGCGGGGAUGUAUGUUAAAUUCGGUCAGACAUACUUCACGCAUCCAACAAUGGGAUUAGCAUCAAGUCGUCGAUCGCCACCAUCGGAUGUUCGUCCACCACCCCUAACACCCAUUGCUCCAGGAAUGUAUCCGAUGAAUAUGAUGCUGCCAGCACCACGUCAUUUGGGGCCACGUCCAGCGCAUUCAGGUGGCUAUAAAGGCAACAAGGGUGGUCAUCCACCGUCCGGGGUGGCGGCAUCUGGGGGACCUAGAUAAGGUGUGUGAGUGUGUGUGUUAUGUAUUGCCAAGUUAAGAGGGAGCUGAAGGGGAAAAAACUGAAUUAGUGGCAAAAAUGAAUAAAAAAUAAAAGAAAUAUUUCCAUGCUCCAGGUUCUUCCGCACGGGUGGAAAGAAGAAGAAGAAGAAGAAGAAGGUAUAUAGUGUGGGGUGGGGUGGGUGGUUCGAUGGGUAACUGGGUGGGGGGGAUUUGGGGGAUGAAUGGGGGGUGGGGUGAAUGUAAUGGUGGGACAGUGUGGGCGUACAUGAGAGUGAAUUAGAAUAUUUUUAAUAUUAAACAAAAUAAAAAUUAUUAUUGCAUUAUGAAGUAAAAGAAAUAAUGAAAAAAAAAUGAAAUACAUGAAAAUAUACACCUAUUAUAAAAUAAAUUUAAAAAUCUACAAAAAAACAGUUAUUAAAACAUAUAAGAGAAGAGAAAAUAUAUUAAGAUGAAUUAAAUGAAAAUAAAAAAAAUAAAACAACCGCCCGACGAGACCACGAAUUAAGCGACAAAGAUUGAGGAGAUUUGCCAAGCGGAGGGUGGAAUGCAUGAGUGGGUGGGGUGGUGUGUGUGGAGAGCAAAGGAGCGACGUAGGUGCGUGUAGGGGUGCAACGGAGAGAGAGAGAGGGUGUGUGCGAGAGAGAAAGUAUGAGAAUAUACCGAAACUGUGAGAAUUUGCCAUAUUUACUUACAUUUAAUGAAAAAAAAGGGAAAGAAAGAAAAGGAAAAUGGAUAGAAAAGUAAAGUAAUAAAAAAAAGAUAUUGAAAAGAAAAAAAUAAAGGGAUAAAUAAAGAAAAAAAAAUAAAUAAAUGAAUAAUUUCAUCAAGUUAUGUUUGAAAACUCCUAAUCUAUUCAUUAUAACUGAUUAAAUAAAAGAAAAAGAAAAAAAAUAAUAAUGGUAUAAAAAAAAUGACGAAGCAGGUAAAUUUAAUAAUUAAAUUUAUUAUUAUUACAACUAUUAUAUUAUUAAAGAAGAAAAAAGGAAGAAGGAAAAAAAAGGAAAAUGAUCUCGUUUUACUCCCCCAUUUUUUCCCUUGAUUGGACGAUUUUUUGAAAGCUAUGGAUGGAUGUGUGAAUGCGUGAAUAAAAAAAAAAUACAUGAAACUCAGAUAAAAAAAAAACAACUCGAAAUAAUUUUUUGAAUUUCUUUUUUUUUAUACAAAAAAAAUCAUGCAAAGUCAAACACAAAAAAAAUCAUUAUUUAAUUUCUAAGCUAUUUUUCUCGUCUUAUGUAUUAUAUUUAAGAAAUAUAUUUUGUUUUUCUUUUUGUA